ACAGCAGUACCGCUGGAGAGCUCUCUCCUCGACUGCAGGCUCCAGCUAAGAAAGACGUAACACCUCGCGUUUAAUUUUUUAAAGAAUCUUUAUUUAUUAUUUCGUAUCGUAUCUUCACCUUAAACAAGAUGUGACUCGGUAACUUAACCUCAGCUGUAUUCAUGUAUUUGGAAAGAGCCGGGAGUGAGUGCGCAGAGACGAGAAGCCGAGCUGUUCGGGCGAAUGGAACUUAUUGUUGUGCAUUUGUUUUGACUAUGUUAUCCCCAAGUGAGUUUGGGUCCAGUCCGUCUCUGUUCGUCGUCGAGCCUUGAAUCGUGGGAUUUAUAUCCGACUACUUUAAGGGAAACACCGAAGGAGGAUUCUGCAAAGCCAGCAAGCCUUUCCUACAGAGCCGGGGAUUUAAAUCGUCAUUUGGUGGAGCUCCGGGAGAGGCUAGAGUCAAAGAAAGAAAUUCAUGUGGCCAUUCUCUUUAUAGCCAAACAUUUUUUGGGGAUUGCACAAUGAGCAAGGAAAGACCUAAGAGGAAUAUCAUUCAAAAGAAAUACGAUGACAGUGAUGGGAUCCCGUGGUCGGAGGAGCGGGUCAUGCGAAAGGUGCUUUACCUCUCCCUAAAGGAGUUUAGGACAGCACAGAAACGGCAGCUUGACGGUGACGGAACCACAAACUCCAACGGUUCCCUAGCCAAUGGGCAGCUGAACGGCCCGGGGUCAAAGGGCAGCCACAAAGAAGAUGGGUCAUUGCGCUCUCAGGGCCUUCAUGGGAGCAGCGAGUAUGGCGAGGACAGCCCAGCAAAAAAGAGGCCUCGACUCCAGGCUCAGAGGAAAUUUGCGCAGUCACAGCCCAACUCACCCAGCACUACACCCGUCAAAGUGGCCGACCCAGGCAGCCUGAACACCAGCCUGGCCACUGUGCCAUCCGCAUCCCUCUCAUCGCUCUCCUCGUCAUCCCUGUCCUCCUCCAUUCAGGACCUGUCCAGACGCAAGCCCAAGACGGAGGACUUCCUCACCUUCCUCUGCCUCAGAGGUUCGUCUGCCUUGCCCAGUAAUAUGGCCUACUUUGGAAGCUCCCAGGAGGAGGAGGACCUGGAGGAAGAGGAAGAAGAAGAGGAGGACGAGGUGCAGAACGGAGGCAGUGUCCACUCUCACGGUGCGGGAAACAGCAGCCAAACUUCAGCCGUCUCCUCCUGCCACUCCACGCCCCGCAAGGGCAAGCUACCUGCCAAGCAGCCACUCAACGGGCACGUUUUUCAUGGCCACAGUAAAGCAGGAACCAGGGAGAGUCCACGGCCCAAAGCGGGAACUCACAGCAGGGAUGCGCCCGCCCCACCUCUACCACCCCCUCCGCCUCCUCCUCCACCCCUACUGAGGGAGCGCAGUGAGCGGGCAGAAGCACGGGAGCACGCCAGGGAGCAGCAGGCCCUGGCCAGUGGUCGAGGCUCAGCCAACGGGUUGCCACCUAGGAGAGCGGCUGAGGAGCUACGGAAACAGGUCUCAAAAGUGAACGGGCUAACGCGGGCAGGCUCGGCACAAGCUGUCAGUGCUGCCAAAAAGAGCCGCGACUUCCGACUGCCGUCCAAAACUGUGAAGAAGUACACAGCCACCGUGUCCAAGGGCCACGUCACCUACACCAAAGCCAAACAGAAAGAACUGGGCAAGAAAACCAAACUCAGCAGCAGCAACAAACACAACAGCGCCGCCUCGGCAUCAUCGUCAGCGAACAAUCACAAUCAGCACAGCCAGCCAGCAGCCAGCAACGGGCUGGCCAACUCAGGAAAAGCAGCGGCACCAGCCCACUACAGCAAUGCAAAAACCCGCAAACAGGUGCUACUAUCCAACAGGCUGCACAAUGUGGCUGCCAACACUCGACCUAACGGGAGGCUAAACGGGCAGCGGCACAACACUCUGGCCAAGGAAACGGCGCAGAAACAGUGCCAGCAAGGCCAGGGGGAGUGCACGGGUCGAGAGGGACUGCGCAACUCCAAACGGCGUCUAGAGGUGGUGCUCAAUGCAGUGGGGACGGGGCUUGUCGAUCAGAAAGCCAAAACAAUUGGCACUGAGGCCAAGAAAGCCAGGCUUCAAACCACGCCUUUGGAAACGCGUAGCAGCAGCAAAAAGGUGGCCAAUGAAGAGAAAGCUACUAAGCAAAACACCGCCCCUACCACUCCAGUUUCUAAUGGACAUGACUCAGAAACAGCCCCUUCUCCUAAACAAACUAAGCCUGUUAUUCCACUUCCACCUUCUACUCCCCCUCCUAAACAAACCCCACCUCCUUCUACACCAGCAGCCAAUAUGGACUCGGUGAACCAGCGACCGAAGCGCGCAUCGGCCGGCAAGCUGAUGUUGAUACGACAAGCACAGCAGCAGCAGAGCAAGUCACAUGGUCGGAGCUCCUCCUCCUCUUCUUCCCCUUCAUUAGGCCAGAAUCACUCACCAAACCCCAGUUGUGCCAGCACUACCUCAGACUCCCAACAGACCUCUGUGUACUCUUCUUCCUCCUCCUCCACCUCCUCUCUUCUUAGUUCCAACAGCCCUGGACAGUUCAAACCAGCAGCGUUGCGGGCAGCUGACCGCGACAAGGAGUGGGAGCGUGAGAAAGAGCUAACGCGCCAGAAGGAACGAGAGCAGGAGAAGGAGUGGGAUCGCCAGCGGAGCAAGCCAGAGGGCUGGGCGGCGCUGGGUGAAGUCCCUAUCUUCCGGCCAGCUCCAAGGGAGUUCCAGGACCCCCUGGUGUACUUGGAUGCAGUGAGGGAACAGGCCGAGGUGGCUGGCAUGUGCCGUGUGGUGCCGCCACCAGACUGGCGGCCGGAGUGCAAGUUGAACGAGGAGAUGCGUUUUGUUACACAGGUGCAGAGGGUCCACAUGCUGGGCCGACGCUGGGGUCCUAAUGUGCAGCGGCUUGCUUGCAUCCGCAAGCACCUUAAAUCUCAGGGCAUUACCAUGGAUGAGCCACCUGUCAUUGGUGGUUGCGAAGUGGACCUGUCAUGUUUUUUCCAGCUCAUCAAUGACAUGGGCGGCAUGCAGCAGGUGAUGGAUCUGAAGAAGUGGACCAAGCUUGCCGACCUCCUGCGCAUCCCCAAAUCGGCACAGGACCGACUGGCCAAGCUGCAGGAAGCUUACCUCCAGUACAUCCUCUCCUAUGACUCGCUCGGCGCAGAGGAACGCCUGCGACUGCUGACUGAGGUGCUGCAGGAGAAAAAGGGCCUGGAGUCGCGACGGGGCCCUCUUGAGGGUCUCUCGGAUUCUUCUGCUCCUAACGGGCUUUCGCUGCCACGCUAUGAGCCCAAAAAUGGGCUAGUAGGUGGGGUAGUGGGAGGGGCAACAGGGCACCACCGCACCAACGGAGUUUAUCACCGUCUGAAGGAGCUGGAGGCUCAGGUCAAAGCGGGCCGGCGCCGGCUCUUCGCUCAGGAAAAACAAGGCAAAGAGGACAGGCAGCAUGGAGAGGAGCAGGCGGAGGAGGACAGAGGCGUGCUCAGUGACCAGCACAAAUGUAUUUACAAGGUGAGGAUGAGGAAGGCACUUGCUGUUUAUGCCACACUCUUGAAGCAUACAGACAAGAAACACGGGAAAUCGGUGUCCUUGACCAACUUCUUCAGGAUAGCCCGCAACACCAUGACCAUGUGCUUUAACAAGGAACCAGGGGCUGCUGAGGUUGAGCAAGAAUACUGGAGGAUCGUGGAGCAAAGAGACUGCCACGUGGCAGUGCAUUGUGGGAAGGUGGACACCAGUACACAUGGCAGUGGAUUCCCCACAGGAAAGUCAGAGCCAUUUGCAAAACAUGGAUGGAACCUCGCUGUCCUCCCCAAUAACUCUGGAUCCAUACUGAGACAUCUGGGUGCUGUGCCUGGGGUGACCAUUCCCUGGCUAAACAUUGGCAUGGUCUUUUCUACCUCAUGCUGGUCUCGAGACCAAAAUCGCCUUCCAUAUAUUGAUUACUUACACACUGGUGCUGAUUGCAUUUGGUAUUCUGUCCCUGCUGAGGAGAAGGCUAAGCUGGACAAAGUGGUCCAUACACUGCUUCAAGCCAAUGGCACCCCAGGACUAGAAAUGCUGGAGAAAAAUAUUAUGAUCUCUCCAGAGGUGCUGUGCCGCGAAGGCAUCAAGGUUUACCGUACAGUCCAGCGGUGUGGCCAGUUUGUGGUCUGCUUCCCUGGUGCCUUUGUCUCUAAAGUGUGCUGUGGCUACAGCGUGUCAGAGACGGUGCACUUUGCCACACCACACUGGAUGAACCUGGGUUACCAGGCCGCAAAGGACCUGAAAUGUCGUUGUAUAGCCAAACCCUUCUCCAUGGAGAAGCUACUGUAUCAGAUUGCCACAGCUGAGUCCAAGAGGGACAACGGCCUUCUCCUCACUACCAUCUCCGCCCUUCUCAAAGACCUCAGGAACAUAGAGAUGCAUCAACGUCAGGAACUUUACAAGGCAGGUCUGCUCUCCUCUGCCCGCUAUGGCACACACGAUGGCAGCCUGGGGCCCGGUGAGGGACGUAAGAAGCCCCGCGGGAAAUGGCUGGCACUGGAGUCCUCAGAGAGACGCUGCCAAAUCUGUCAGCAUCUCUGCUACCUGUCCAUGGUGGUUCAGGAGACUGACAAUGUGGUUUUCUGUCUGGAGUGUGCCCUGCGCUAUGUGGAAAAGCACAAGUCUUGCAGAGGACUUAAGAUGAUGUACCGAUACGAUGAGGAGCAAAUCAACAGUUUGGUGAACCAGGUGUGCGGGCGAGCCGUUUUAAAGAAUGGGGGAAGCGGCUGCGUUGGUGGAGGAGGAGGAGGCAUCAUCAUUAGUGGAGGAGGAGGGGACUCCUGCCACAGCUUAAGCCCUGCCAAAGCAUCGCCAGCCAAGCGAGGUCCACGAAAACGCGCCACUGUAGAGGUGUCCCUGGCACGCCUGUCGUCAAGCCACAUGCCCAAAGCCGCAGCUGUGUCCUGAGGGAAGGGGGUGUUGCCAUGUCACCAUGUGCUGUGUUCACAUCCCACCUCACCCAUUCAAACUCCCCCACAGCCCACAGUUGUUUUUUUGUUUGUUUUGUUUUUAUUAAGCUACAUCACUAUCAAUCUCUUAACACCACUCAAUAUUACAAAUUAUUUAAAAAUCUCCCUCACUUGACAUCAGUCUCCAAAUACACCGCUCAUUUAGUUCGACAGGCUUGUUUAUAAAAAGGAAAAUAAAAGAAAAAAAGCAAGAUGUCUUUUUUGCACUAGUAUGAAAGAAGAAAUUGAUUUUAUUGCUCUGCCCACCCCUCGAGUCAACAUUACAAGCAUUAAGUGUAACAUUCAGAGGAAGAUUUGACAGACCCCCAUGUUGCCGUUCACCUUCCGCCCCCUCCCCAUCCUUUGAAAUGGGUUACAUUUGUUACCCUUUUUCUUGCGUCACUUUUUCCUGCCCUCCUAUCAUCCCUAAGACUGAACCCCGUCCCUUCCCUCUCAACUGUGAACUUGGGUCGAUUGAAAAGGCUGCCGUGAAACAAGAAUGACAUCAAGUAGUUACCCAAAGUUUCUCUCUGUCCUUCACUCGAGGAAGAAGAGUCUUUUUUUUAUAAUUUUAUUUUAACUGUGUUCUUGAUGCAGUCCCUUUAUUUUUUUUAUAUUUGUUCUUUUUAAAGGGGGGUUAGUGAUGCAAGGUAAAAACUUGAAAGACAGACUAUGUUGGUUUACUAUUGGUUGGCUACAUUUUUUUUCUGAGUUUUUUUAAAUUUAGCCUUGUUUCUGCUAGAUUUUUUUUUGUGAGAAGUUUUCUGUUUUUUAUUUUUGUCCUCAUGGAUGUUUCUGUGUGUUGCUGGAUGUGAGGUGAGCAAAGCUGCAGCUGCUCACUUCACUUCCUUGUAGUAUGGAGGGAUCCCUUCUUCACUAGCGAGUGAAAAUGGUGCCUGAUACUUAGAAAGGAGAUCCAUUUUAUUGGUGCUGUUGGUUAUAAUUACUGUAUAACAACACAAAAAUGAAAAAAGACAAAAAAUCUGGGGGUAAGCACCAGCUAUCGGCUAGCUCUCACACCCCCGCCCCACAGGGCAGAAAGGCUUUCAUGCUUUUCUGGUUCUAGAUGUGCAAUCGUGUUAACAUUCCAUUCUUCCAGUCCUGUUUCAUCUGUACCAGUAAACAUUAAUUAUUAUAUUAUAUUAUUAUUAUUUUGUUUUUCUACUUCUGUUGAUCUGAUGUUAUCUCAAGUAGAGCCACUAGUUAAAGAGUGUAAAAUGUGAAAUAUCAAAUCCAAGUUUUGUUUCUUUUUUUCUGUUUUGUGCUUUUGCAUUUUUUUCCCUUUUCCAGAUAUAUUAAGAGUGAAUUUUUUUCUUCCUUUUUUUUUUAAGAGAAGAAAAAAAAUCUGACACAAACAUCAACUUUUUGUACAUAAAUCCUGUAAAUUUCUUUAAAUACUUGAGCCUUUUUCAGGGGUUAAGUAAGAAAGAAAGAAAGGAAGGACUAGAGAAAAGAGAAGAUGUUCCACAGGAGAGUGAUUGAUGAAGAAAAAGCCUUACAUUUCCCUUUCUUCAUCCGUGUGAGUUUGAUGCUUACAGGGUUGCUCUGGUAAAUGUGUAUAAAAAUUUUAAGUGCUGCUUAUAUCAGUAUGAAAGAAGAUAUUGAGUAGCCAAUGAUUGCCCCCUCCUCCUCCUCCAACCUAGUUUUGUUUGUUUAGCUUUACUUUUUUAAAGAAAAGGGAAAAAAGAUAUGUUGACAAAAAAAAAUGGGUUUUUACAUUUUCAUUACUGAAAAUUCAACAAAAAUGUAGUAGCUACUCAUGUUGCACUGAGCUUGCCAGUGAUGACUGUCAAGGAAAAAUCCUAUAAUCCAGUUUGUUGGUUGUUGUCCCUUUUCAGAAGACUGAACUGUUUUAGGACUAUUUAAUGAAAUACCAAGUCGGGUGUUUUCAACAUAAAUAAAAAAAAAUAAAUAAAUAAAAAAUGUGGUUGUCAAGUUUUUAUGGCCUUACAACAUAUUUUUUUCUGAUUUUUCUGUUUUUUUAUUGCUAGGUUUCUCUUGUUCCAUUUUCUACAGUAUGAACUACUUGCUCACUGCAGGGUCUCUGGAGACUUAAUUUAUUUGUGCCAUAUCUCGGCAUUUCCCUCCAUUUGGAAAGAGUUUCAUGUUGGUUAUAAUGACAGUUUUUUACUUUUGCAGUUUGUACUUAAGGUUUAAUAAAAACUUACCGACAA